CGGAUGCGCCGCCCGAGCGCCAGACGCGGAGCUGGGAAAAAGGGAGGCGCGGGAGGCGGAGGCAGGCGCGCGGGGAGCGAGCCGCAGCCCGGCCCAGCCAGCCGUGCCGGGACCCCGGCGUGCCCGCGUCGCCAGGGGCCCGAGAGCAGGCCCCACGGGAGGACGCGGCCGGCCAGCAUGAGCGACAACUCCACGGCGGCCGCCGCGGCCAAGCCCAAGCGGGCCAAGGCGGCCUCCAAGAAGUCCGCCGACCACCCCAAGUACUCAGACAUGAUCGUGGCUGCCAUCCAGGCCGAGAAGAACCGCGCCGGCUCCUCGCGCCAGUCCAUCCAGAAAUACAUCAAGAGCCACUACUCGGUGGGCGAGAACGCCGACUCGCAGGUCAAGCUGGCCAUCAGGCGCCUGGUCACCGCCGGCGCCCUCCAGCAGACCAAGGGGGUAGGUGCCUCGGGCUCCUUCCGGCUGGCCAAGGGCGACGAGCCCAAGAGGGCAGUGGCCUUCAGGAAGGAGGCCAAGAAGGCGGUCAAGAAGGCGGCCGCGCCGAGGAAGGCGCCCAAGCCCAAGAAGGCGCCCCCCAAGGCCCCCCGCAAGAAGCCCCGGGCUGCCCCGGCCAAGAAAGCCAAGAAGCAGCCGGCUGCCACGCCCAAGAAAGCCAAAAAGCCCAGGGCCGUGCGAGCCAAGCCGGUCAAGGCCUCCAAACCCAAGAAGGCCAAGCCGGUCAAGGCCAAGGCCAAGGCCAGCGCCAAGAGGGCGGGCAAGAAGAAGUGAGCGGGGCGGCUCCCCGCCUGCUGUCGAUGCUGGCGCUCGCGCCGCGCCCCUGCCUCUUCCCCUCUGACUCGGAUUCCGCUCCCGUGCGGGCCUGCCCCGUGCUGCGGGACUGCACGGGGAUGUGGCUUCGUCGGCUGGCGCGGAGUCCUCCUGGUGCAGGGGCGGGGCGGGGCGGGGGCGGGGGCGGGCAAGGCAGGGGCCGGGGACUGCGAGGCCUGCGGAGCCGGCGGGCGAGGGCUCCCGUGCGGAGUCUGGAACCUUUGGCCCCGAGGACGCGGCGGCGGCGCACCGCCGGGAGGAGGAGGAGGAGGACCCGGGCGUGCGCCUGCGGGCUCCCCGUCGUCUCGGCCGGGGAGGGGCUCGGGGGACACUGGGACCAGCCCGGGGGAGGGGCCGUGCUGUGGCUCCGGCGAGGGCUCCAGUGCGGAGUUUGGAACCUUUGGCCCGGAGGACGGGGCGGCGGCGCACCGCCGGGAGGAGGAGGAGGAGGACCCCGGGCGUGCGCCUGCGGGCUCCCGGCGCGAGCGGGGCGCGGGCCCUGUCCCCCGCGGCCUCCCCAUCGUCUCGGCCGGGGAGGGGCUCGGGGGACACUGGGACCAGCCCGGGGGAGAGGACGUGCUGUGGCUCGGGCGAAGGCUCCUGCGGGUGCGCGCACCCAGGUGCCUCGGAGUGCCCGGCUGAAACUGCCCGCGUCCCGGGAGGACUUCGCUUCGCCCCUGCGUUCUCCUCGCCUGGGCUGCAGCCCCGCCGCCGCCGCGGAGUUCACCCUCGGACUUGGUACUCGGCGCGUUCCGUAAGUCGUCGCGGGGGGCGUGGACCGACGGCCACGCCGCCCUCGGCCGCGCGGUUGCGCGCGCGUCUGUGUGCGCGGCUGUCGGAGCCGGGAGAAAAUGUGCAGACCCCUCCUCCUACUUGAAUAAAACAGGAACACCGCGCACUGGCGCGGCCCCCUCCCCAACCACCUUUUUAAAAAAAAAGUGUUAUUCGUGCCCGGAAAAUUUUGCUGUCUUUGUAAUUUUAAAACUUUAAAAUAAAAUUGAAAAAGGAGAAAACUUGA